GUCCGUCUAGAGCUCAAGAAACAACCUCGGUGCCUCAUCGACUAAGUAAUCACGAUUUCGGAUAUACCAUGAUUUUAAUCUCAUUGAUACAAAAGUAACGACGACGGCUUUCUACUCAACGUUGUUCUCUCUUAUUCAGUAACAUUCCCCUUCGUGUGUGACUUUUCGAUACUUCGUACUCCUUGUACGUCUCAAGACGCUCUUGAACUCCAGAUCCAGAUCCAUCAAAAAUGCCUCCGAUACCACCAUUGUUUGUCCUCCCGAUCCCUCCAUCAUCGGCCACUUCGGCGACUCAACAGCAAGGGAGCUUCAUCUGUACACAGGCCGCUCCGCAGGUCUAUCUGCUUUCAUUCUCGUCCCCGCCCGACAAUCGCCUCACCCCCGCCUUCAACGAGACCUUUCUUCUCGCACUGGACAUCAUCGAACACAAGUUGCCCAAGGGGGUCGUCGUCACCACGUCUUCGAUCCCAAAGUUCUACUCCAACGGUCUCGACUUUGAGAAUGCCAUUCGAGACCCCAACUUUUUCCCCGGCAGCCUGUAUCCACUCUGGAGGAGACUCAUUACCUAUCCCAUGCCGACCGUUGCUUUGAUGAAUGGACAUGCGUUCGCGGGUGGCCUCAUGACGGCAAUGAUGCACGACUAUCGCAUCAUGAACCCCCACAAGGGUUUCGUGUGCCUGAACGAGCUCGACUUCGGUGCGAACCUCCAACCCAGCAUGGCUGCCGUCUUCCGGGUCAAACUGAGCAUGACCACCUUCCGGAACAUGGUCCUCGAGAGCAAGAGGUAUCCGGCCCUGGAGGCGUUGAAAGAGGGCAUCAUCGACGGCGUGGGUGGCGUCGACGAGACGCUGGCCUUCGUCGGGGAGAUGAAGCUCACCCAAAAGGCCCAAGGCAAGUCGUACGGGAAGAUGAAGGAGGAAAUGUACCGUGAAGUUGUCAAGGAUCUGGACGAGGGCAGUCAAGCCCCCAAAACUUUGGCCGCCAGAGACCUGGAUCGCAAUCGCAGAGACUUGGAAGCAAGGAAGCGAGUCGACGACUAUCAGGCCGUCGUGCAAAGGUCGAAGUUGUGAUUUCUAGAAAAUCAUGUCCCUAGUGCCGGCACGAGGCGCGUUGUACUUCUUGAGUGUUCGUGCAUAUUGUAGGUUUUAUAUAUUGCAUCGACGAAAACGGUGAUGAUGGUUUAAUUCAAAGGUACAAUAUUCAAGUGUUACCACAGAGAACGGGGUACGUAC